AUGUUUUCAAAACGUCUCUCCUCUCUUGCAUUUGGUUUCCGCUCUGGAAAAGAGAAGAUGAUCGAGGAGCAUGGCCAACUGCAGCUGGUGGACCAGGAAGAUGAAGAUGAAGAAGAGAUCUUCGAAUUGAUCUACAAAUUGAUUUUGCAAGGGAUUAACGAGGGCGACAUUAAGAAGCUCCAGGAUUCAGGGAUCUACACUUGCAAUGGUCUAAUGAUGCACACGAAAAAGAACUUAACGGGAAUCAAGGGACUAUUCGAAACCAAGGUAGAUAAGAUUUGCGAGGCUGCUGAGAAGCUCGUGAACAUUGGGCAUGUAACCGGAAGCGAUCUGCUUCUCAGGAGAAAGGCGGUGAUUCGAAUUACCAUGGGAAGCCAAGCUUUGGAUGAACUCCUUGGCGGUGGAAUUGAGACGCUCUCAAUCACUGAGGCAUUUGGAGAAUUCCGAUCAGGGAAGACGCAAUUGGCGCACAUGCUCUGCGUAUCAACGCAGCUACCGAUCCACAUGCACGGAGGCAAUGGGAAGAUCGCAUAUAUCGACACCGAGGGAACUUUUCGUCCAGAUCGGAUCGUGCCGAUUGCAGAGAGGUUUGGGAUGGAUGCUGGGGCCGUUCUUGAUAAUAUCGUAUGCGCGCGUGUCUAUACUUAUGAGUACCAGUACAAUUUGCUCCUCGGCCUCGUCGCCAAGAUGUUCGAAGAGCCCUUUAGGCUUCUGAUUGUGGAUUCCGUGAUCGCAUUAUUCCGGGUCGACUGCUCUGGACGCGGCGAGCUUGCCGAGUUUUAG